CAUAUUAAGUCAACCAUUAAUUGUGGAUUUUUUUGAAGGGGAAUCAAGUUUGUCUGUUUAUGGUCAUUUCCUAUGGCUUGUGCAAUUGUUUGAUGGAAAUGUUAAAGUGUUGUGUUUAAAAAAUCACCGAAAAGUGAAAGUGAACAAUUCCGGUUUUGGUUCCACUUUGUUUUGUUUACUUCAUUUUUUUGUUUAUUGUUGAUGACUCAGAUUCAAUCAACCCUGCUGAAUCUUAAGAUAACUUAUCUAUUGCGAUUGCAGUUGCGAUUACAGUUCAAUCGUCGCAAUUCAAUUGCAGCGCUUUUUGCGUUUUUGUACAGCUUAUAGUAAUGAAUCUACGUUUUUGAUUAAUAAUUGUCAUGAAACUUGCACUUUUUCAUCUACCUAUAACCCUUUUUUCGUUCUAUUACUUGUUUAUUUGCUUGUUUACAUUUUUAUUUGUUUGUAUUACUUAAAACGCUUACUGUUUAAACCUGAAACCACUAAUCUGUUAGAUUAAACAGCUUAAGUUUAGCUUCCCAAAAACAUCGAGCAACGCCAUUUCCAAUGUUUCUCCAAACCUCAGUCUUUACUUUUUCUUGUUCUGUUAAUGAUCAAACAACGUGAUUUUUAUUUUGUUUCAACACACUGUACAUAAUUAAGUUAUUUUUUUGUCAAAUGCUUCUCAAAAUGGUGAUCAAUGGACGAUAUACUCUUAACUCACCAACUCAAAUGAAAUCAAAGAAUUUCUAUGCAAAGUUUCGAAAAAUUUUGAAGCCUGUUGCUUUCAAACUUGGAAUCGGAUCAUCUGGACCAAUAAUGUCACCUGUUGAAUUGAAACACACAUCUCAAAUUUCGUAUUCAAAUAUACAGACUGCACAAGUACAAUCUCAACCACCACCGCCACCUCUAACUUCAGUUUCAACAAAUAACAAUAACAACCAUGUUCACGCUCUUCAGCCACCGCCUCAACAGCAGUCACAGCCGCAACAACAACAGCAACCACUAACAGUGACAUCACAACAACCACAACAAACACUUCAUCCACAUCACCAUCUAACUCUGAGUAGUCAUCAUCAUCAUCACCACCACCAUCAACACUUACACAAUGAUUAUCAUUCACCACGGACUGGUUCAGUCUACUCAAGUCCAUUUUCAUCUAUCGACUCCGAAACUGAUUCUGGAAAAUUGAUUGUGAACGGUUUGAAUCGUGUGGAAACCUUAACAACUAAGUCAAAUUUAAGCCAAAGUCAAGCAAGUCUUUCCCAUUGCUCGGGUCUUCCUGGAGAUGAUGAUCACUGGUACCUUGAUCCACCUCCGCCACCUUCCUCGGUUCUUAAAAUGCCUUCACUUAACUGGGACUUAUCCAGUUUAACGGCUGCUCGUCGAAGACCUUUAAUGUACAAUUCAAGUGAUUAUUUAAGUCAAACUCCUUCGCCCAAUGAUUCAGUUAUUGUUGAACUUGAAGCACUACUUAGGGAGAAAGAUUCAGAAAUAAGUUACCUUAGAGAAACCUUGGAACGCAAUGAACAGGUUAUCUUCAAAGUUUACGAAGAGAAAGGCCAGAGUUGGGAACGAGAGUUUAAAAAAUUGAAGUCACAAUACGAGUUAAACCUUAAAAACUAUCAGCAAAGAGCAACUCGAGCAGAACAAAUGAUAUCUCUUCAAAAUAAACAGAAUCAAGCUGACCGGGAGUUAAUUGAACAAAAUUAUGAGACAACCCGAAAAAAGGUUGAAUCAUUGGAAACUGAAAAUGUUGGACUUAAAAGUGAAUUGACAAAUCUUAAAGAAAUGGUUGAUGAGCUUAAAUGGACUUUAUGUGAGCGAAAUGGUGAGAUUGCUUUGCUCAAAUCACAAAUCCGUGAUUCUAAAGUAGAUCUCAAUUACCGGUCAACCGAGUUGGUUGGAUUGAGGGCCAAACUGAAAGACACUACUGAAGCUCUGGAAGAAACAAAGUUUAAAAGUAAUUCCCUGGAAAAAGAAUUGGCCUCAUGUCAGGAUAACUGUAAUUCACAGAUUCAGAAUCUAGGUCAACGGUUAUCCGAUUUGGUACGACAGUUGGAGGAGAAGAGUAGACAGUAUGAUACAUUGUUUAAUGAGAAACGUGAAUUACAAGAUCAAGUAUUAACCUUGCAACAACAAUUAACUACUGAACAAACUAAUUUUAAUAAGGAGAGAGAAACCUGGGCUGAUGAGAAGGAUAAAGUUCUCAGAUAUCAACGACAAUUGCAAUCUAAUUACAGGAAGAUGUUAUCAGCUAACAAGAUUCUUGAAGAUCUGGCCAGCAUCCUCAGGACUAAGGAAUUACCAAAAACUGAAGAAUCUUCUUGUUAACUAUUUUGAAUUUUCCAUUUACAUUUUGACUUAUUCUCUUUUCUAAUUGAUUAAUUAACUAUCUUUAUAAUUGAUUUCCAAGAAAACAGAUCAACUAAAAAAUGUGAUCUUUACUUUAUAAGAAACAAAACAAAUCAACUUGUCAAAACUUUUUUUUAUUUCAUCAUUUUUCCAAAUCAUGUAAAAUA